GUGAUGUAGCCCAGCUCCCCACCCUAUACCGGCCGUACGUGGACGCGCAGUGCGAGUGCACGCUCGGUACGACAGGGCAAGCGAUUGUAGACGAGAAGAAAAAGGAGAGAGAGCAGAGAGGGGAGCUGUGGGAGGACGACGUGACGAGAGGACUCCAAACAGAAGCUCUCAGGACUACGAGACGCACACACAGAGGAAGAAAACAGGUCAUAUCUACAGCACAUUUGGAGAUUCGUGCAGCGGGAUACGGGCUGCGGACUGUUAAGCACGACAGCGUUUCCCUGCGGUAAAACCAGCCUGAGUUGUUGGACGAGAGGCGCGCGGCUUGCCUGCUCUUCCUCGUCACAAAAAGAGGCUUUAUAGCGGGGAGGUUUACGGAGCAGCGGACUGAAGCCACCGUGGAGAAGUUGGGAUGUCCUGAGUCAGUCCUCCGGGCCCAGAGAGCGCUGUGCUGAUGGGACCUGCUGCGCCACCAUGAGCUUACAAGAUGGCGGCUGCAGCUACGCCAGCAGCGCCAAUAUGGCCACGGCUAGUGGCAGCAUGCGGCGGCGCCUGGAGGACCAGGAGUUCACCCUGCGAGUCUACCCGGGCACCCUGGCUGAGGGCACCAUCUACUGCCCCGUCGGCGCCCGCAAGAACACCACAGCUGCUGAAGCCAUCGAGUGCCUCAUCGAGCGGUUGCGCCUGGAUCGUACCAAAUGCUACGUGUUGGCUGAGGUGAAAGAGUUUGGCGGGGAGGAAUGGAUCCUGAACCCCGGCGACUGCCCUGUUCAGCGCAUGAUGCUGUGGCCACGGAGCGCCCUGGAGAACCGCAGCGGACUGGGCAGUGGCGACGACUACCGCUUCCUCCUGCGGGAGAAGAACCUGGAUGGAUCUAUUCAUUAUGGCGGCAGCCUGCAGAUGUGGCUGCGGGUGACUGAGGAGCGCCGCCGCAUGGUGGAGCGGGGUUUCCUCCCCCAGCCUGCAGGGAGCGACCCUCCGUCUGACCUCUGCACUCUCCCGGAGCUAACAGAGCGCGCCAUUUUGGAAAGCCUUCGUGCACGUUUCCGCCAGGAGAAGAUCUACACUUACAUCGGGAGUAUUCUUAUUGUGAUUAACCCCUUUCAGUUCCUGCCAAUCUACAAUCCUAAAUAUGUCAAAUUGUAUGACAACCACACACUGGGGAAGCUGGAGCCCCACAUUUAUGCUGUGGCGGAUGUGGCGUAUCACGCCAUGCUACAGCGACGGAGGAACCAGUGCAUAGUCAUUUCUGGUGAGAGUGGGUCUGGGAAAACCCAGAGCACCAACUUCCUCAUUCAUCACCUGACUGCACUCAGCCAGAAGGGAUUCGCCAGCGGGGUGGAGCAGAUCAUCCUGGGAGCGGGGCCUGUUUUGGAGGCCUUUGGGAACGCUAAGACCGCCCACAACAACAACUCCAGCCGCUUCGGCAAGUUCAUCCAGGUCAACUACCAGGAGAGUGGCACCGUCAGAGGAGCUUAUGUGGAGAAGUACCUGCUGGAGAAAUCCCGCCUGGUUUACCAGGAGCACAAUGAGAGGAACUACCAUGUGUUCUACUACCUGUUGGCCGGAGCCAGUGAAGAAGAGAGGAAGUCCUUCCACCUGCUCAAACCUGAGGAAUACCACUACCUCAACCAGCAGGACUGCUUCACAGUGGAAGGAGAGGAUCUGAAACAUGACUUUGAGCGACUGCAGCUGGCUAUGGAGAUGGUCGGCUUCCUGCCCACCACACGCAAACAGAUCUUCUCCCUGCUGUCAGCAAUCCUCCACCUGGGAAACAUCCGCUACAAGAAGAAGACCUACAGGGACGAUUCCAUCGACAUCUGCAACCCAGAGGUCCUGCCCAUCGUCUCGGAGCUGCUAGAGGUCAGAGAGGAGAUGCUGCUGGAGGCGCUGACCACCAGGAAGACGGUGACCGUCGGAGAGAGGCUCAUCGUGCCCUACAAACUUGCUGAGGCGGGCACGGUGAGGGACUCCAUGGCCAAGUCACUGUACAGCGCGCUGUUUGACUGGAUUGUGUUCAGGACCAACCAUGCUCUGCUAAACAACAAGGACCUGGAAGACAAGUCAAAGAUUCUGUCGAUAGGAGUCCUGGACAUAUUUGGUUUCGAGGAUUAUGAGAACAACAGCUUUGAACAGUUCUGCAUCAACUUCGCCAACGAACGACUGCAGCACUACUUCAACCAACACAUCUUCAAAUUAGAGCAGGAGGAGUACAGGGCAGAGGGCAUCACCUGGCACAACAUCGAGUACAUCGACAACAGCGGCUGCCUCAACCUCAUCAGCAAGAAACCCACAGCGCUGUUCCACCUGCUGGACGAGGAGUGCAAUUUCCCCCAGGCUUCCAAUCAGACCUUGCUGGACAAGUUCAAGCGUCAGCAUGAAGGAAACAGCUACAUCGAGUUCCCCGCUGUCAUGGAGCCCGCCUUCAUCAUCACACACUACGCUGGUAAAGUCAAGUACGGAGUCAAGGACUUCAGGGAGAAGAACACUGACCACAUGCGUCCCGACAUCGUAGCCUUGCUCAAGAGCAGCAAGAACGCUUUCAUCUGCGGCCUGAUGGGAAUCGACCCCAUGGCGACCUUCCGCUGGGCCGUGCUGCGAGCCUACUUCAGAGCCCUGGUGGCUUUCAGGGAGGCCGGCCGCAGACACACCCACAAAAAAACUGGGAACGAUGCAGCAGUUUCCUGUUCUGUUGUCAAAACCGUUGACAGCUUCAGUUUCCUUCACCACCCGGUUCACCAGAGGAGCCUCGAGAUCCUUCAGAGAUGCAAAGACGAGAAAUACAGUAUCACCAGGAAGAAUCCCCGCACACCUCUGUCAGAUCUUCAAGGCACCAACGCCCUGAAUGAGAAGGCCAGCUGGGAUGGCUUUGGUGUCGGCUGUAACGGUCGCAGCUCCAGGUCUGGUCGCGUGUCCUCGACAGGAAGUCCCGCCUUGGAAGAAGACGGGAUCUUCCUCAACUCGACCAGCAGCAAGCUCCUGGAGAGAGCUCAGGGCAUCCUACUGAGGAACAAAAACGUCAAAAGCAAGCCGAGCCUUCCCAAGCACUUGUUGGACGUGAAGUCUCUGCGCUACCUGAGCAGCGUGACGCUCCACGACCGCAUCACCAAGUCUCUGCUCCACCUGCACAAGAAGAAGAAACCGCCCAGCAUCAGCGCACAGUUCCAGGCGUCCCUCAAUAAGCUGAUGGAGACUCUUGAUCAAUCGGAGCCGUACUUUGUCAAAUGUAUUCGUUCCAACGCUGAGAAGCUGCCUUUGCGUUUCAAUGACAGCCUGGUGCUCAGACAGCUCAGAUACACAGGUAUGCUGGAAACCGUCCGGAUCCGACAAUCAGGAUACAGCAUCAAGUAUACCUUCCAGGACUUUGUGCAUCACUUUCAUGUGCUUCUGCCUCGAGGCACGAGCCCAACCAAGUCAGGCAUCAGGGAGUUUUUCAGACGGAUCCACCUCCCUCCUGCUGGGUAUCAAGUGGGCAACACCAUGGUGUUCCUGCGGGAGGCGGAGCGUCAGCGUCUUCAGACCCUCCUCCACCAGGAAGUCCUGCGGCGGAUCGUCACGCUGCAGCGCCGCUUCAGGGCGGUGCUGGAGAGGAAGCACUUUGUUGACAUGAGGAGAGCCGCCUUUGUCAUACAGCGAUGGUGGCGAUCGUGCCUACUCAGAGAGUCCACCAUGGACUCGGGUGACGAGGAAGAGGCGGCGGUGUGUCUGCAGGCGGCCUGGAGGAGCUACAGGGAACGCAGGAGGUUCCUGCAGCGGCGGGACUCUGCCAUCGUUAUACAGAGGAGCUGGAGACAUUACUGUCAGCGCAGAUCUUUGGCAGCUGUAACGGUUCAAACAGCCUGGAGAGCAUUCAGGGAGAGGAGCCGCUACUGUCGGGCGUACAGGACUGUGACGCAGCUACAGGCGAUGGGCAGGGGACACCUGGCUCGGCUCAGGUUCAGUGAGGUAAAGAAGCAGCAUGAAAGACAAGAGAGUCCACCAGCAGCAGAGAUGGAUGCAGGAACCAUGGAGGACCUCACCUCAUCAGAACAGGAAGGUUUUGUUCAGGACCUCUCUGUAGAACUGUCUGAAGACUCUAAGCCUGCUCUGUUAGAUGUGGGAGAGAUAGAAAAAGAAGAGGACUCGGAGCGAAGUAGGAGCACAGACGAGACGAGCCAUAAGAACCGGUCAAAACGCGAGAGCAGACGGAUGAGAGAGCUGGAGCAGGCUCAGUUCAGCUUAGAGCUUCUCAAGGUCCGAAGCACCAGCCUGCAAGAAGACUCCGUCCCAGACAGCAGCACCUGUCAGCUGGAAGACCCUCGCAGACAUUCACCUCGGGGAUCUCCAGCCAGUCAUGGCAGUUUUGAACUGCUCAGUGUGGAAGACAUGGAGACUGAAGGCUCUGGAGGUUUCGCUUCCCAGUCGACUGAACCUCAAGAACAUCCCCAAGUCGCGGAUAUGCAACUACACGAGGGACUGAGGGAUUCAAACUUUAACGAAAAGCCUGCGAUGGAGCCACCAAACAAGGCAGAGGGUCCGAGGGCAACGUUUUAUAUUGCUUCCGACCAAAGUCCAGUUCAUGAACCAAAAUUCGAAAGCCCCAGCAAGUCUUACAGAGAGAGAAGGAUGUCCGCGUCUCGGCGGCCUGUAGUGGUGUUGAUCAGUAUGCAGAAGGAGAGUCCUGUGGAGGAGGAGGGGCUGCUGGCAGCCCAAACCCUAGAAGGAGCUUCUGAAACUGGAGCAGCAUCAUCCGGUUCCCAAAUGACGCCUGUUGCAGGCUCGGACGUGGUAUCAGAGAUGGAACAGCCUCAUGGGUUUGCUACCCAGACUGAAAGUGAUGUAUUUGAAGUGGACAAGUCUUCUGAGGUCCCUUAUUCAACGGCCCACGGAGCAAGUCCAGAAUCAGGGAUUUGCUCUUCGGAGGUGGACAUCCAGAUCCUCCUGGAGCCCAGUCCAGUGAAGUCCACUGUUCCCGGUGUCCUCCCCAGUCAGCCGGAGAGGAAGGCGAUCCGGCCGGCACAGGAGGCUCCCAGCCCGGUCCUGGACACCAAACCACCAAAAGCUCAGAAGAAGAGCUCAGGCCAGACUGUGAUCGUGAACAUGGUGGAGAAAUCCCCCAACGCUGUGUUCUCCCCACCCAGGCGCAAGCUGCCCUUCUCCAAGUCAGAUAAGGAUUUGGUGAACCAGGAAAGAUCUCUGGCCAUGUUCAGAGACGACUCUAAAUCUGGAUCCAGAAACAGAGAGCAGGUGGGCCGCCCUGGCCCCAAAAAGAAAGCGCGAAUGUCCCGGACGCGCUCCGACUUCCUCACCCGCUGUAACUCUGAGGGGGCGACCCAGUCGGACGACGACGAUGAAUACUACAUCCCCGCCCACUCCCACACGCUGCCCCCCUCCCUGUCUCCCCCACACGCCCACCCCGAGGCUGACUGUCACAGUGACUCCGAGAUGCCAUCUCACAAAGACCAGAAGAAGAUCCAUAAGACCAUGUCUUCAGGAGACCUGGGCAAGGUGGAGGUGCUCAGGAAAACCUCCAGUCAGGAUGGAAGCAGGAUGAGAGGAAGGAUACGAUUCUGGAGUAAGACGAAGCACGGCGAGAAAAAACUGUCGAGAGAGAAGCAGGCCAGCAGGAGCGAAUCGGGAGAGACACAUGAAGGCCCUUCUUCUCCUCCUCACAGUCCAGAUUUGGAGGCAGCUCCCUCCCUGGGGGCCAGGGACAGUAAGGAGAACAAGGAGCCGUCUCCUAAGAUGAGGAGGCGUCGCAGUGUGAAGAUCAGCAGCAUCGCUCUGGAACCCGCCCAGUGGCAAAACGACGCACUGCACAUCCUCAGCUCGGCCCAUGACUACCGCAGCAUGAACGACUUCCUCAUGAAGAAGAUCGCCGACCUGGAGUCUGAAGACGGUAAGAAGGACACCAUGGUGGACGUCGUCUUCAAGAAAGCGUUGAGGGAGUUCAGGAUCAACAUCUUCAACUCCUACUCCACUGCCCUGGCGAUGGAUGAUGGGAAGAGUAUCCGUUACAAGGAUCUCUACGCCCUGUUCGAGCACAUCCUGGAGAAGACCAUGCGUCUGGAGCAGAGGGACUGGUGCGAAUCGCCGGUGAAGGUGUGGGUCAACACCUUCAAGGUCUUCCUGGACGAGUUUAUGACCGAGUACAAGCCCAUGGAGGGAACUGUCGGCAGGGCUCCUAAGCGUGAACGUAAGAAGUCGAGGAAAAAGGAAACCGACAUUGUGGAAGAACACAACGGCCACAUCUUCAAGUCCACACAGUACAGCAUCCCCACCUACUGCGAGUACUGCUCCUCCCUCAUCUGGAUGAUGGACCGAGCCUGCGUAUGCAAAUUGUGUCGCUACGCCUGUCACAGAAAGUGCUGCUCUAAGAUGACCACCAAGUGCAGUAAAAAGUACGACCCGGAGCUGUCGUCGCGGCAGUUUGGCGUGGAGUUGUCCCGUCUAACCAGCGAGGAGCGAACGGUUCCCCAGCUGGUGGAGAAACUCAUCAACUACAUCGAGAUGCACGGCCUCUACACGGAGGGAAUUUACAGGAAGUCGGGCUCCACCAAUAAGAUCAAAGAACUCCGCCAGGGGCUGGACACAGAUGUGAGCGUUGUGAACCUGGAUGACUACAACAUCCACGUCAUUGCCAGCGUUCUCAAACAGUGGCUCCGUGACCUGCCCAGCCCUCUCAUGACCUUUGAGCUGUACGAGGAGUUCCUCAGGGCCAUGGGUCAGCCAGACAAGCGGGAGGUGAUCCGCGGGGUGUAUUCUGUGAUCGACCAGCUCAGCAGGACGCACCUCAGCACGCUGGAGCGCCUCAUCUUCCAUCUGGUCAGGAUCGCCCUCCAGGAGGAGACUAACAGGAUGUCAGCCAACGCCCUCGCCAUCGUGUUCGCUCCCUGCAUCCUUCGCUGCCCCGACACCAUCGACCCGCUGCAGAGCGUCCAAGACAUCAGCAAGACCACAGCGUGUGUGGAGCUGAUCAUCAACGAGCAGAUGAGCAAGUACAAAGCUCGUCUGAAGGACAUCAGCAGUCUGGAGUUUGCAGAAAGCAAAGCCAAGAGCAGACUGACCCACAUCAGGAAGUCCAUGUGCAAAGGCCGUGUUCGGCAAAGCAGCACCCACACGCCCUCGCCUCCUCUCAGCCCCAGAGUGCCCCCUGUGGUUGUGGAUGGAGAAACAGGAGGAGGAGGAGGAGGAGAGGAGGCAGCAGAGGCGGGGCAGAACGAGCCGCAGCAGCUGGCGAUGCAGCAGGAAGAGCGAAUCCUCACCGAGCAAAUUGAGAGUCUGCAGAAAGAAAAGGAGGAGCUGACAUAUGAGAUGUUGAUCUUGGAGCCGCGGACAUCGGACGAUGAGACUCCUGAAUCUGAAGCAUCAAUCGGCACAGCAGACAGCUCUGAGAACAUCACCAUGGAGACGGAGGGAGCCACUUCAGAGCCCAUAGAGCGCGCCACUUACCACUUCAGAAAGUCGGAAGCAAAGGGCAGACGAGCUUUGCGCCGCCAGCCCGACUCCCAGGACUCCGCAGACUCCAUCUCCACCAUUUCCUCCUACCACCCCUCUUCCUCUCUCUCCUCCGGCUCUCCCUCCCCUCACUACCGCUUCCGCUCCUCCUCCUCCGGGCCCCUGCUCACCUCCUGCGGUUUGGGGGCCCCGUUGGCCGAGGCGGAGGGGAGCCACGGAGCUGGUAAGACCCGCCACAGGCUCAGGCUCAGCCGCAGCUCCCCCCGCGAGCCCUCAGGAAGCCACCGGAGGGAGUCUGACUUCAGCUCGGGGCCCCAGCAGCUGGUUCUGUACGGCAGCAACGAGUUCAUGGUGUGAAGCCGAGGAGGGAGGGGAGAACGCCAGAAGCCGCCUGUCGGCGUGCAGGAAGGGUGUACGUGAAGGGGGAGUCCAGGGUUGAACGAGGCUGGCCACGGGGCGAGGUUGGCGCCCAGUGUCGCCUGCUGCCCCUCCUCAGUGCCCACCCCCCCUCCUCCCCCGGUCCAGUCAGAGCAGAGCGCUGUGGGAAUAAAAAGAAGAUGAGACUGGAAAUAUGACACGGGAACAGAAUGACCGGUCAAAGAAAGAGGGCUGAUGAAAGCUGGAACAGAGUGAAGUGAGAACACAUGGUCGGCCAUGUUUGUCGACCCUCUGAUCUCAGUGGUGUUAACCCCCCACCC